AUGGCCCCAAGCGCUCGUGACCAGCUUCGUCGCUGGACGGCACUGCAGCUGGUCAAGCUCUCUGGUGAAGAUGAGGACGAUGUGGACUAUCUCACUGACACGGCCGAGUACGUGAACGUCCUGCUUGAAGGUGUAGAACUGUCGACAGUGUUUCCUCAUGCGCUGCCCCUGAGUGUUAGAUACUUGCUUGCCACCAAGGAUGCGGAGGAAGUUCGGGCCUACGUUACUGACUUUGCACCCGAAGCCUCGGGCAGCCAAAUCAGCAGCUUUGUCAACACUUUUCAGGCCAAAAAGACCAAGCUUCAGCAGCCCACUGUCUCCACCGCGCCUGCACCAACCGCCACGUCCACUGUCGUGCCCGCUUCGGCGCCUGCCCCUGCGCCCGCAGCCGCUGCUAGCCCCAUUACACUACCGCCACCGGGCCUCACGUCGGCCAGCAAAACUAGCAAAAUUAGCACCACCAGCAAAGCCAGCAAAGUCAGCACAGCUAGCACAGCUAACAAGAGAAGAGAGCAACUUCCUGUGGACAAGCCUGUCGGUGACACGCUGGCCGUGCAAGCCUCUCUUCCACCGCUGUACAAUCCCAAACGUUCAACAGCGACCAAGGAUGCCAACCCGGGCGCUGGAGCCAAGACAAACGCUGGCGUUCGGCGUCCGCGCCCCAAAUUUGUGUCCUUUAUGAAUCGGGAUGGAGACUCGCUUGUGAAUGACCUCCUGCCUGGUCGCCGCUUCUGUGAAUGCCUGGCCAGUCGUCACCAGCUCAUUAACAAUUGCCUUCGCUGCGGACGAAUUGUCUGCGAACAAGAAGGCAUUGGACCCUGCAUGCAUUGUGGCGCCUGCGUUGUCACUCGCGAGCAGCAAGAGCUCCUGGCGCGAGACAGCAAGCAGGCACGCAAAUUCUUGGAGAAGCUCAUGCGUGAAGCCGAUGUCCCUGCCACAGUGUCUGAUCAAUUGCUAGACUACGAUCGCAAUAUGGCCCAACGUACACGUGUCAUUGAUGAUCAAGCCGACUACUUCAACACGGAUGGCAACAAGUGGCAAUCGCGACAAGAGCGCGAUGCUGCACGCCAACGCGAGGCGGAGAUGCGUGACGAGCGACGCGCUGCUCGCCGUGAAAAUCGCAUUACUAUUGAUUUUGCUGGUCGCCAGGUUCGACAGGCCGAUGUGGAGGAAGUUGAUAUCUAUGCUGAGGCUCAUCGCGAGGAAGAGGAGCGUCGCGAACGUGCCCUGCACAAGACGCACCGAGACCGCGAGCUGCAGGAAAUGGCGGACGGUGGCUUUUGCAUGAGCAUGCACCAGCCAUGGGCCAGCUUGCUGGUUUAUGGCAUCAAAAUGCACGAAGGUCGCGUGUGGACCGGCCCGCACCGCGGGCGCCUGUGGAUUGCCGCUGCAAGCAAGCAACCUGAUCCCGAGGAGAUUCAGCAGCUUGAAGACUUUUACCGCGAGCGCUUUGCCGGGCGCAAUGUGCCGUUCCCCAAGGAGUACCCGACUGCCUGCCUGUUGGGCUUUGUUGACGUGGAAGACAUUCUUCCCCAGGACGAAUAUCGCCAAAAGUUCCCAGACGGCGAUUCGCAUAUGCCUUACGUGUUUGUCUGCAAGAACCCCCAUGAGCUGAUUGUACGCUACCCGGUCAAGGGCCAACAUAAAAUUUGGAAGCUAGACAAGACCAUGCAUGACUCUGCUCGUCAAUGCAUUCAACCAGUGGACAUGAGCUGGCUGGAGGAGGAACCAAUCUAA